AUGGAUUUUACUUGUCCGGCAAAUUCUUCAUACUCUCACAUUUUUAUCCCUCUUGUUCACUUUCUACCCAUCUCACGGUUACUCUUUUUUGACAGUCUUCGUAGCACCUGCGAACUGGUGACAGAGAGCCACUUUUCACAUUUGACUUCGUCCCAGCGGCGGCUUGAGUUUAUACCUAUCGACUGGCGAACCUCCCUUCAUCUUCCCGACGAACUGAUCGCGAGCAGCACCCCAUCCUCACUGGGUCCGCUUCGUGCCCUCUUUAACAACACGAUUAUCGACGUAUUUUACUAUACAAGCCCUGUAUACCGACAUCAGGUGACGCAAAACCUGGCCGAGGAACUGACACGCAUCUAUACAAUUUUUUGCUCGAGGAAUCCCUAUUUCGAGACUUCAGGUGGCCAAGUAUCAAUUAUUGCUCAUUCUCUCGGCUCCGUGAUCAUCUACGACGUUUUAACUCAGAGACAGCAAACCGAGCCUCACAAAAGAGAGCCAAUUUCAGUAUAG